GUUUUAACAUUACCACCAGUGCACAGCUAGCGUGGUGUUGAACACAAUUGGUUACCAUGCGGCGUGAUGAUCGAUCCCCAUUCCAUGGGCGGCGGACAGCUUUCCCUAGCUAUAUAGCGCUAAGAGCUUUGCUUUGUACGUCAAGUACUGGCAAAACCCAACCCCGUACUACUUUACGCGGACAUCGUAGAAACAAUGUCGAUGACAGGGCUUAAACCCAUUAUCUUCUAUGAUAUCCCCAACAUCGUGCAGAAUGAACCAUGGUCUGCAAAUACGAUGAACACAAGAUAUUGUCUCACCUUCAAGGGUCUACCCUUCCAGACUGUCUGGCUCGAGUUCCCGGAGAUCAAGCCAUUCUACGAGCAGCAUUCUCUUGUGCCCACCACCUCGUAUAGCAUCAAGGGAACCCUAACACCCGUGUGCACGCUCCCUGUCAUCAUGGAUCCCAAUACGAAUAGGUUUAUUACAGACUCCUUUGCGAUUGCACAGUACCUUGAUGAGCAAUACCCUGACACACCGAAAGUACUGCCACAUGGCACAGCCGCGCUGGUGCACGUCUUUCGAACCGCGUUCUUUAACGCCUUAAAUGGCACCUUCUUGCUGGCCUGCUUUAGAGGUGCUCAGAAGCUCAAACCCGGUAGCAAGGCGUAUUAUAUUCGCAUUCGUGAGGAGCAAUUUGGGAUUCCAUGGGAGCAGUUUGCAACGCCCGAGAAGAGAGAGGAACAGUGGAAUGCACUACGUGCUGGAUGCAAUACCAUGGACGGGUGGUAUGCGACUAGCAGCGGUCAAUUCAUAUUGGGGGAUACACCAUGUUUUGCUGACUUCAUGGUUGCGGGACUAUACAAUUGGAUACGGUAUUGCUAUGAGAAUGAGGAGUGGGAAGAAGUGAAGAGCUGGAAUGGAGGACGAUGGAGGAGACUGGUGGAGGCAACUGACAAGUAUCUUGAUUGCUCGAAGUAGUUCCGUUGAGCGCGAUGCGCUCGGCUUACCUACAU